UUGUCUGACGCCAUCUUUAAACCCCAGUAGCAGCCGCCGUUGAGCGCUGGGAAUUGUGAGUUAGUGUGCUCGUGUUGAAUAUAUUUCUGCGGAAUUUUUAUUAUAAAUGCAAAUAAUUCGAGACUAGAGUACAGCAGACAAGUAUAGAAAAAAGGUAACGUGAGAAAACGAGUAAAGGACAUUAUAUUUACAGUGUUAAGGUUCAGAAAGCAUUGUGAAAAGGCGUAUUUUUUUUCUUUGUUGUUGUCAGCCACUAGCUGAGACUCGCUGCUUGGCCGCCGUCGGUCCCGAGUUCUCCCCCCCGUGGCCCGGCCAGAGAUGAGUGGAAGAUGUCGGUGUCGGGGCUGAAGGCCGAGCUUAAGUUUCUCGAGUCCAUUUUUGACCCAAAUCACGAGCGGUUCCGAAUUAUUGACUGGAAACCAGAUGAGCUGAGUUGCCAGUUCAAUGUGACUGGGGAAAAGCUGCUAGUGAUACACUGCAACAUCACGGAAUCAUACCCCUCUACCCCUCCAAUAUGGUUUGUGGACUCCGAUGACCCAAGCUUAGCGGCUGUGCUGGAGCGCCUGGAGGAUGUGAGGAAGGGAACCACUCUGCUCCUGCAACAGCUGAAGCGCCUGAUCUGUGACCUGUGCAGGUUAUACAACCUUCCCCAACACCCUGAUGUGGAAAUGCUUGAUCAGCCAUUACCAGCUGGACAGAACGGAACUACAGAGGAAGUUACAUCAGAAGAAGAGGAGGAAGAAGAAAUGGGAGAGGAUAUUGAAGACCUGGACCACUAUGAGAUGAAGGAAGAGGAACCAGUCGAUGGGAAGAAGUCUGAAGAUGAUGGAAUUGAAAAGGAGAAUCUAGCCAUCCUAGAGAAGAUUCGGAAGAGUCAGAGGCAGGACCACUUGAACGUAAGUGCUCAUUCGGGUGCUGUAUCUGGGUCGGUACAGGCUUCAGAUCGUCUCAUGAAAGAACUCCGGGAGAUAUACAGGUCACAGAGUUACAAGACAGGAAUCUAUUCAGUGGAGCUUGUUAAUGACAGCCUUUAUGAAUGGCAUGUCAAACUGCGGACGGUGGAUCCAGAUAGCCCAUUGCAUAGCGACCUGCAGGUUUUAAAGGAAAAAGAAGGAAUGGAUUAUAUCCUUCUGAAUUUUUCUUAUAAAGAUAAUUUCCCAUUUGAUCCUCCUUUUGUGCGGGUGGUGUCGCCUGUGCUUUCUGGAGGCUAUGUUUUGGGUGGCGGAGCCCUAUGUAUGGAACUCCUUACAAAACAGGGCUGGAGCAGUGCCUAUUCGAUAGAGUCUGUCAUCAUGCAGAUCAACGCCACUUUAGUUAAAGGAAAAGCCAGAGUGCAGUUUGGAGCUAAUAAGAACCAGUACAAUCUUGCCAGAGCACAACAGUCAUACAAAUCCCUGGUGCAGAUUCAUGAGAAGAAUGGCUGGUAUACUCCCCCAAAAGAGGAUGGGUAAGAGAAGUGCACUGGGACCAGGUUUCUAAGGGUCAACUUUUUUUUUUUUUCCCACUCCGAAGGUAUCUAAUUGGGAGUGACCCUUCUUGGGUUGACUCUUUCGGUGGCCGUAUAAACAACGGGUAAAUCUCGCUGACCUCUCGGUCCUAAACUCGCAAGGCCAGGUCGACCUGAUUGUUUGUCACUUUCUUUCUGUCAUUCAGCAGACAAGUGAACUAAAAGAAGCCACCGCUGAGCCUGCCUGUUCUCCCCUUUUAUGUGGGCUAAGUGUUUGAAUGACUGCAGUUUGUGGGGUUUACUCAUGUUUUUUUCUUUUUUAAGCUUAUUCAUAAAAUACUUGUGUAGUCUUUUGAGUAUAAUGUCUAGGUUAAAUGGUAAAACAAGUUUGAUAGAAGUUGAGAAAGUAAACUUCAACACAAACUGGGAGGUUUUCAUCUUUAAAAGGUCCCCUCCAGGCAGUGGUUACAGUGGGCUUGUCUUUUGAAAUCUUCAUUAUAGCUAAAUACCAUCAAGACAUAAUGUCACUAGACAGUGGCAAUUGACUUAAUGCAUUGCUAUCAGGAGUGUGAAGUUCCCUAGCCAACCUUAUUUUGAUACAAAUCAGGACUACCAUCAAAUAACUUUUUACAAGCAAAUCCACUAUUAUAGUGACUUUUAGGGAGAUUGGAGCUGUUAUGGUUACCUAAUUUGUGCGGAAUGUGCCAUUGGGUCAUUCUGUACACAUUUUGUAUUGUGUGUAAUAAAUAAAUUAUGACAAGAUUCUAAAGUAAUGACACUCUAAAAAUUGGUCUCCUGCUUCUGUUAUAAUCCCAGUGUCAUAUUAGCCAUAAUACAACAGGGGUGCACUUGAUCACAUCUAAAUUAAGGAUUGGUAAUUAAACUAUGAUUGUUAGACAAACUAUGUGGAGGCAUGGUAUAUUCACCUAUUAGCCUUUUGUUUUUUCUUCCAUAUAGCAGAUCACAAUGUUUAAAGAAGUAUUAAGGUUAUCUCCAAGUGACAAAAAUAAAACCAUAAAACACUUUCUGCACAUCAUAGUUUUCUUGUUUUCACACGGUUAGUAAGAUUUCUGUCUUCGGUGUUGUACCUAGAUUGCACCAGCAGUCUUCAAUUAAAAUCAUUAAACAAAUAACCCUAAUACUUCAUAGAAUUUCUAUCUGCAUUAUAUUCCUAGUCUGCUUUGUAAGUCCUGAGUUCGGAUAAAUAAUUGCCUACAGUAGUAAUGUAGCAAUGUAAAGUUGCUCAUUAAUCAAACUCUAAAGGAAUAGCAAUUACUAGUAGCAGCUUGUAACAUUUUAUAUUUUGAGUAGUUUUUUUAUUUAUUUUUUAAUCCUUGGGUGUAUUCCUGUUGGAACCUAACUUGCCACUCCAUCUAGUCAACCCUAUUUUAAUAUAUUUGUAGCACCUUUAAGUUCUCUGAAGAAAUACCUCAGUUAUUCAGUAUGUGGCAAGAAAGUAUUCCCAUGCAUUUAUUUUUGUCAGUUUUAAUAAGAUAACUUUUUUUUUCUACACUCCAUAUAUCUCCCUUGUUUCUCAGUGGUUGGUAGUAUCCCCACUGACAAGCAAUCAGAAGUUGCGCUUCGCAUAUAUACCAGAAUCCAGGGGGUCAGCUAAAAAAUGUAUGCUAUUUAAAUGUUGUCCCUUGUGUGUUGAUAGACGCACCACAAUAAAUGGGCCUAUGUAUAGUUUAAUACAAAUGUAUUUUUAAAAGUGAAAAGUAAUCCCUCAAUGUGGCGUCUUUUAAACCCCCCCACUUCUUUAAGGCUGCAUACGUGCACUGUUUCAUGAUUGCUGUGGCGUAUUGUGAAAAAAAAUAGUAAUUCAAUUUUUUGCCAGUGCCACUGUAGAAUGGCCCCUAUACUAUCCCCUUAAACACUAGUAAACAAAUCUAUUUUUGUGAAAUUCCAAGCAGUGGAUUUAUGUUGUAUUGUUAAUUUCAUCUUCAUUAUAUUCAUGCAUACGUUAGUCAACCCCAUUUAUAACCUGACCCACGCACACAAUAUGUCGUCAAAAUAACUGUACUUGGCUGAAAAUCAUUCUCAAAAUAACUUUUUUUUUUUUUUUUAUGAUGCAGUUAAGUACAGCGAUCUAUAUACACGGGUAUAUUCGGAAAAACAUCCAGCUGCAUAAGGGGACUUUAUGGAGAAAGCCUCCCGAUGUUGUUGUUUUUUUUUUUUUUUUUUUUUUUUUUUGAUACACUUUUAGGACAUUUCUUUUUCACAAAUAACUGAAAUGUCUAGUACUUAUUGAUCAAAGUGUAAUUGUAAAAAUGCCCUGUCCAUCCCCAGUGUGAUUUCCAGAUUCCCAGUACAGCCUGUAGUUGGAACUAUACAGGACUCUGAAUCAGAAAUGCAUGUUGGGAGUUGUAGUUCUGUACAGAAUUAUUGAUUGCUUACUAAAACUACUUUUAUAUUUGGUUCUGUUCAUAUUUGGAUUCAAAGUCUUUUGGGAGGGUACAGGCAGGGAUGCUUUACAGAAGGGUUGGGUGGAUCGGGGAGUGGGGUGGAGUAAUUUCUACAAGAUAUGAUUCCAAGGCAGGGCUUUGGUGCAUCCUGUCUAAAAUUAUUGAAGUUUAUGUUUUGAUUAAUUUCUUGCUUCUUGGUUGUAUAUUUAAUUUAUAUUUAGAAUACUAUAUGGCAGCAGACUUGAAAUACUACUAAAGAACAUAAAACUAACACAUGGGAUCCAUACAUCCUUCGGAUGAGAUGUAAAACCAAUGUCCUAUUGCAAGUGGCUCUGCAGCAGCAGCAGUUGAUGCAGUUACCCACUCCCCUAGUCUCUGUAAAUACAGAUAAAAGCUUCUGCUAAAUGACUAAAUGCAUCUGGAUGUUAAAACUUCUCGCACCACCAUUGGCUUCAAUUCGGGGUAUUAAACUUCUCUCUAUAGAAGACAAUGAAGUAGGAUUUGUCAUUUUUCCCCUUUUGAAUUAUCAAAACAUUGCACAGGUAAACAAAGACUAAGAAAAUAUCUUGUCAGGUGUUUCCUGGUUCUGUAGUAAGUAUUUAAAGUCUGUUUGUCUGACAAGCUAGUAUUAUUCACAGGGAAUGGAUACCUACAUGGAAGCAUUAUCUAGUGUCAAAGUGCAGUAACCAAGGCCUUGUUGUAUAAAAAGGUCAGUUCUCCCAUUAAAAGGCAGUGUUUGAAAUACUGACUUCUAAUUGCGGAUUUCUUUUGACGCCAUUUUGUGGUGGGCAGGUUAUCAAGUUAUGCACUGUCAGCAUGCUUUUUGAUUUUUUUGUUUGUUUUUGUUUUAUUUUUUCAUUGCAAGAGUAAUUUUGACCAUGUACAGUAAUUUGUAAACUUGCAUCAAGUUUAUGAAUAAAGAAUUUUAAGAAAUA